AUGUCGCCUGACCAAGAAAAACAGCCAGGGAAUAUAGCAUUGAUUAUGCAACCGAGUCCAAGAUCUAUGCUGUGUGUAUUUUGCAAAGUCAUCCCUUUGUUGCUGAUAUUCUUUAAUCUUCAAAUUUUUGGAUAUGGUCUUGAUCUUGGACCAAAUGAAGACCAAUACCCAAAGCAAGUCGUGUUUCGAAAAUAUGAGCAAAAAUACUUGGCGAAUCAUGUCAUGGAAACAAAACAAGCAGAGUUUGAGUUUGAAUGUGGUUUGCUCUGCGCUCGAUAUGAAUCGUGUGCCUCAAUCAAUUACAAAACAUCUGGUAUUGGUAAAGGUCGCUGUGAGCUCAACAAUAAGACGCAUCAAGACAUAACUGAUGACGACGAAACAAGCAACUCUGAGUUCAACCAUCUUGUCAUAAUUAAACCAUUGAGCAAAGAGCCUGGUCAGGUAUACUCCCCAAUUUUGAGAGAAAGUGAAAUAGUUUCAUCUUGCAAAGACUUGUUACUCAAGAAACUAUCAACGCCUAAUGGUACUUACACUCUGCAGUUAAACUCAUCCUCGACACCAUACAAGGCAUAUUGUCACAUGACAGAUAUUCCAGGUUGUGGAGCUGGAGGCUGGACACUAGUAUUGAAAGUGGACGGAAAUAAGCAAACAUUCUACUAUGAUGCAUCUUUGUGGACAAACAAGGAAAGUUAUGCAGUUGAAGAUGGACUUGAAGGACUAACAGAGAAAGAAAGUAAACUGGCCUCUUAUUGGAACACUCCUUUUAAAAAAAUAUGUCUUGGUAUGACCGUUAAUGGCGACAGAGAAUGGAUGAUGUUGAAUUAUGAAGCCAGUUCGCUGUACAGUUUGAUCGCAGACGGACAAUAUCGAAACACAAGCGCUGAGAAAAAUACAUGGAUGUCCUUGAUCGCGGGCUCUGUCUUGCAACCAAAUUGCAACAUUCAGGGUUUCAAUGUACGCGAUGUCCCAGGAAAAGAUGCUUACACCAUCGACGUGCGGCUUGGAUUCAUUGCUAACAACGAAGACGUCUGUGACAGCCCUGACUCUUGGAUUGGUUUUGGUGUAAAAUACGCUGCUUGUGGAAGAGUGGAUCUCGCCUGUGGUAAUCGUGCAGUGUGUGCUGUUAAAGCAGUCAAAAAUAUUCCAGCAUUUGGAUACAUAUUGGUGCAGUGAGAAGAACUCAUUCAUAGCAAAAAAUGCAUUAAGCAGAGGACAUUAGAUUGAUAUACAAAGGCUUAAUAAAUGUUUAGUAUGUUAAUUUCAGGCAGUGAAAAAUGUUAUCAAAAAUAGGAGUUUGUAGGUGUUUGUUAACUUUAAGAAAUAACAUUUGAUUGCACGCAUGCACCUUAGCUUAUUGUAUAUAACCUUUGAAUUUCUUAAUAAUAUGCGUUGUAUACUUCA